UGAAUUAUGAAAGAAUUUCUAUGUAAUUUUCGGUUGAAUGUCUUUUGAAGAUGGAAAUAAAGUGAUGCACAUUUGAAAUGAGUCGAUCAUUUGAAGUGUUCUAAUUUGGUGCAUAAAUAAUCACUGGAUAUGCUAGUGAUCUUGAGUAUUAGUUUGACAUUGAUUAAAUAAAAACUAUCUUGUAUCGUGUGAAAAACAAAUUUCAUGCCACAUUGACUGUGAUUCCUUGAAUGUUGCGAUAAAAUUUGGUAUUAUUCCAUAGUGUGUCUUCCGGUCCACAUUUUUAGAAUAAUUUAUUUUUGAUAUUCAAAGUGAUCAUUUUUUUUUUUGGUGUAAACAAAGCAAAUUAAACACUGAAAAAUAUGACUGCAUUGAGAUGAGGAACAGUGGCAUAUUUUGUCAAACCGAAAAAAAAGUUGAAUAGAAAAAAAAAUUGGUUAUAAUUUACUGGAGUAGAAGUGAAAAAUGAGGCAAUUUAUGCGUUUAAUGCAAUUGAAUCGGAAUCAUUUCUUUUUCAUUGGUUUCGUGGUCGGUUUGAUAUUGACGAUAUGUUUGCCCGACAAUGCAUGGGAGAUAACCGAACAAGAAUGUCCGGAAUCGUUCAACGGUGAUGCACCAAAGAUGAUGGCACAAGAUGAUGAUUUUGAGCCACGUUUAAAUCUCGUCAAUAAACCAAUGACAGCGAAAAAAACGGCCAAAAAUAUCAUUCGACCGCGAUAUUAUUCAUCGGAACUGGGAAUACGAGAAAAAUUGUUUAUCGGCGUUCUAACCAAUCAACGUCAUAUUAAUUCGUUGGCCACGGCAUUCAAUCGCACCACAGCCCAUCAUGUUGAUAAAAUCAAGUAUUUUAUAAAUGCGGCCGACAAUGUACGAACCAAUUUUAAAUUGAAGAAUAUUGUCGGUUUUACGGAUGUACGCGAUCAUUUAAAACCAUUUCAUAUACUGAAAUAUAUCGCCGACAAUUAUUUAGACGAUUAUGAUUUCUUUCUAUUGGCCACCGACACAACGUAUGUGAAUGCAAGACGAUUGCUGAAACAAUUGAAUCAUAUUAGUAUCAGCUUUGAUGUGUAUAUUGGACAUAAGAGAGAUGCAAGCGAUAUUGUUGAUAGCGAUGAACACAGCCGGAUGAUGGAAAAGGAACGAGAUUACUGCGAUUUAAAUGCUGGCAUUAUUCUGAGCAGCAGUCUCAUUCGGAAGAUUCGAUCCAAUUUGGAUUGGUGCGUUCGGAAUGCCGCCACUAACUCAGACAGUUUGAAUAUUGGACGAUGCAUUAAAUACUCCAGCAAAAUUUCCGGGUGCCAACAAAGUUUUCAGGGCAUACAAUUUCCGAAUUAUCGUUUGCACACGUACAAACUAUACAGAGAUUUGCACUUUUUGUACAGCGAUCCAUCGUUCAACAAUGCUUCAAUGGUCCAUCCAGUUAAGACGGCCGAAGAUUUUUACGUACUUCAUUCGUAUUUUUCAAAGUUGAAUUUAGAAGCAAUUCACGCAGAAAGUCAGCAAUUAGACGAUGCCGUGAGGCAAAUAAUGAAUGGAAGCAUAUCGAAUGAUAUUCUCCAAGUACGGUGGCCACUUGGAGUUCCGCCACCCAGCAAGCCAGAUACGAGAUAUGACCUUCGGACCUGGUCACUGAUGAACGAAACACACCAAAUUAUGCCCAAUUCCGAACAAAACAUUGGACUACUAUCACGAAUCGAUCAAGAAGAUAUAAAACGUGUCUUAAGUCGAACAUUGAUUGAGGCGAAAAAAAUCUAUCCGAAUUUGAUCUACACGGAUUUGCAUUCAAUUUACCGUCGAUUCGAUCCAGUUCGUGGAAUGGACUAUCAACUACACUUGAUGUUCAGUGAAAAGCAUGAAGGGAAUGAAAAAAUUAUUGUGAAAAGUUUUGAAGCUGUGAAGCCAUUAGGUCGAGUUGAGAUCGUCCCAUCGCCGUAUGUGACGGAAAGUACAAGAGUGGCAUUGUUACUACCAACAUUCGAACAUCAAACCAAAGAGACACUCGAUUUUAUUGCACAGUAUGAAAAAACAUGCAUGGAACAUCAGGAUAAUACAUUUUUAAUGAUGGUACUCUUAUACCAAGCCAAUUCACCGAGUAAAGCCGAAAACGAUGUGUUUGCCGAUUUGAAAACGAUGGCAUUACAAUUGUCAGAGAAGUACAAAAACGAUGGGUCCCGCAUUGCAUGGGUAUCAGUACGGUUACCCGAGAAAUUUUCAAAUAUGUUCCGUGGAAGUCAUUCAACGUCAAUGUUCAGUUCGAUGUAUGGCAGCGAAGAGAUUCUUAGUUUGGUUGUGACCGAUUUGGCGCUUCGCAAAAUUGGCUUGGAAAGUUUGGUAUUGCUUUGUUCAAACAGCAUGUCAUUCAAGCCAGAUGUUUUGAAUAGAGUUCGAAUGAGUACGAUUCAAGGAUUCCAAGUGUUCAGUCCGAUUGGUUUUGUCAAUUAUCCAUGCAAAUACACGAACUUAUGUCGAGAGUGUGAUACAUGCGAUGUAAGCCAAAGUGCUGGUUAUUUUGAUCGUACAAACUCCGAUGUCAUAUCAUUCUACAGUCGAGACUAUGUCACCGUACGAAAAGCAAUGGAAUCUCAAGUACCAAUUGCACGUUCCGACAAUCAUAUUGAAAGUAUUUUACUUCGUGAGGAUCAAACGAUCAUGAAUAUUUUGGAUUUAUUCAUAAAAUCAAAGUCUGGCAUUCAUGUGAUGCGUGCCAUUGAACCGAAUUUACGUCUUGGACGAACGAUUAAAAAUUAUCUAAACGCAACAAACACAAUUCCACAGUGUGAACUAUGGGACACCGAUCAAAGUUCAAAGUGUCUGCGAAUUGCAUCGCGGAAACAAAUCGGCGAUUCAAUCAUAAAAUAUCAAAAUAAAUGAAGAAGCCAAUUCUGUAUUUACAGCGAGAAAAACUUAACAGUUUUUCUUGAAUCGAGAUUGUUUGGGUCAUGACUAAGUUCAAAAUGCUCAUUUAUUAGCUUACCUUCUCUAAAAAUAGUUUCCAAAAUGUAUUUCGUUCAGAAAAGAGGGUAUUAUUUUCGAAAAGACGUUUUUAUUUUGUUUAAUAUAAAUAAUCUACUCAAAAAUUCAUCACAAAUUUUGAUUAAUCUCAUUAGGACAUUUUAAGGGUCUUUUGGAUUAUAGGAGAAUUGCCAAAGUAGAAUAAAGUGUGUUUUACGAAUAUAUAACAAAACAAAGUUUUUUUUCAUCGAAAUUGUACAUUAGAAUUGGAUUUUAUUUGUAACAUGCAUGUUAUCAGUGUUGCCUGAACCGGCACUGCUGUCAUUCUCGUAUUGGAUCAGAUGGCGCUGGCAACGUUACAAUCAUUUAAAUGACUUUUCUCGUCAACGAUUUGUUUCGCUAUGUGUUAUCUAAAUUGCGUGCAUUUAAUCAGAUAACUCAUUGAGAAUAAACAAAGAAAUUAGAAGGGCAAAUGAAAAUAAUCACCAAGCGAUAAACCGUUAAAAUUGUAGAUUUUCUUUUGAAUACGCAUGCAAACAUUGCCGGUGACGAUGGUUAGACGACAACUGAUGUUACUAUCAUCAACCAUGGUGCAUGGAUAUGAAAUAAUGCAACAACAAAAACCAUAUCUCAUCGAAUUCUUCAAAAG